GCCUCAAUAAAGUCAAGGCCACAACCUAAGUAAGCAAUGGACACGCCAUUGUUCGCGUUAAACGCUAUAGAAGUCGACAAGUUUAUCGAUAAAUGGGAAGAACACCCGUGUCUCUGGCAAGUAACACAUCCGAAUUACAGAUCGAGAGUGUCCAGAAGAAUAGCUUUGCAAAAUAUCUCUGACGCAUUUGGUCGCGGAUGGACCAUAGAUCAGGUAAGAAGAAAAAUUGAAAGCCUAAAGACAUAUUGGCGAGAUCAAAGGAGGAGGGAGAAAUAUGCAACCACAACUGAAGAUCCUACUGGGCGCAGAACAGUCUGGACAUAUUAUUACCGACUAAGUAGCUUCUUAGGUUCGCAGACUGAAGGCAUUCCAAAUAACUGGUCACAAAGAGCUUCUGUGUGCUCAGAAGAAACUAAUUCCAAUAAUGCAAAUUUUUUAAACAGAGAUGAAGAGAGAGAUAGAGAGGGAUCAACUACACCAGACAUCAAGUUCCCAUUGGAAGUCAGUGGUGGUCCCUUAACACCAUCUCCUACAACAUCUUCUCAGACGGUCACAUCUCACCAGGAAUUACAGCCAUGCCCAUCACCCUCACCUGAAAGAACAUGUAUACUUCCACCACCGUCAGCAAAAAAGAAGAGAAUGUUGGAGAAUACAAGUGGCAAGUCCAAAUCAGAUCAGUUCGAAGAAUGUGUUGUCGAAGUGUUAAGAAAUCUUCAAGGAAGCAUCAAAGAACAGAAGGAGUGUAGAGAUUCCAUCUAUAACUAUGUAAUCACUGUGGGUGACAGGCUCAGGGAAAUCAAGAACAAACGAAAGUUGCUAGAGACCAAGGCUAACAUUGACAAAAUAAUUUAUGAAGCACUUAUUUCAGAGGCAUCUGACUCUGAUGACUAAAUGACAGUUGACAUUUUCUAGACCUGGUCAAGACAGACAAUCCUUCUUCACUGGCACUGUUAUAUUGAGUCCUUUUUGAAUUAUUAUUUCUUUUGAUUUAUUAAUAACUAAAGUUUAUCUGUGAUAUCUCUAACUCAGUUUCUACUGAUGAUACAUUUUUUAUUUUAAAGUUUUUUUAAAAAAAUGGUUAAGGUACCACCUACAUAUACAAAUGCAGCACCGUAUCAUAUUUAUAGGUAUAUGUACCUAUCAAAACAACAGUGAUAAUUGUUACAUUGCAGCUAGCUUGAAAUGAAAAAAAUUUAGUAACAAAAUUAGUGACUUACAAGAGAUAGAAAACCAGUGUGUAGUGUACUCUUAGUUUUGGGGAACUACAAACAAACAAAAUUGAAAUUUUUAUUCUCUAAAACUAAUGGCUUUUAGAUUGCUUCUUUUCUCACCUUUUAAAGCUUUUAUUAAAAGUUAUAUUCAAAGGUGGAGAAAAAGAAUUUGAGACAUCAAAGGGUUCCAAAUAGUGCUUUACAUAAUGGCUACCUGUUAGAAAAAAAAAAACAAGACCGUUUUGUUUAAAAAUUCAUAUAUGACUUUGCUAUGACAUUCCUAUUGAUUUACACUUCAUUUGGUGAUGAAUUCAGUAAAAAUUCAUCAUGAAAUAUAAAACAUUUCCAUUUUAA